AUGAUGUUCGACAUUACCGUCCUGUGGAAGGCCCCCCGGGUCAACCCUUUCAACAAGAAGGCUCGAUCAAUACCAGUAUUGAACCCCCUUAACCAGUAUGGCAGAGUGUUCACAUUCUCAUGGCUGGGUUUCAUGAUCGCCUUCUGGUCAUGGUACGCCUUCUCGCCGCUUCUGACCAAGACCAUCAAGAAGGACCUCAAUCUCUCCCAGGCUGAGAUUGCCAACUCCAACAUCUUGGCGCUCACGGCCACUCUCGUCGUUCGGUUUCUGUCCGGUCCCCUCUGCGACCGUUUCGGACCCCGGAAGGUCUUCGCCGGUCUGCUGCUUACCGGUGCGAUUCCUACCGCUUUGGCCGGCACGGUGAAGAACGCCACGGGCCUUACCAUCAUCCGAUUCUUCGUGGGCAUUCUCGGCGGGACGUUCGUCCCAUGCCAGGUCUGGUCCACUGGCUUCUUUGACAAGAAUGUUGUGGGCACCGCUAACGCCCUCAUUGGCGGCUGGGGCAAUGCUGGUGGUGGCAUCACAUAUUUCGUUAUGCCUGCCAUCUUCGAUAGCCUUGUCGAGCACUUCGACCUAACCCCUCACGUUGCGUGGCGAGUCUCGUUCAUCGUCCCUUUUAUCCUCAUCACCGCUACCGCGCUGGGUAUGCUCUUCUUCUGCGACGACUGCCCGACUGGGAAGUGGGAAGAGCGUUUCGAGAAGCUCAGUGAAUGUAUCUCCGAGUCCCACAAUGCUGGCGUGAUCGUAUACAACGACGGCGGCCAUUUGGACAAGGGCCCGGCAACUCGCAGUGACAGCCCCCCGGAGAAAGACGUAAAAGAUAAGAAUUCGGGCUUCAACUCCGACUCAGAGGCCGAAGCGCAAACUGGCGAAGCCAUUGUCGUCGACCAGUAUCAACACGAGGCCAUCGUCAAUCCUUCGCUCAAAGAGUUCGGGCAGGUUCUCAUCAGCCCCCAGUCCAUUACUCUCAUCUGCCUCUACUUCAACUCCUUUGGUGGUGAACUGGCGAUCAACGCAAUUCUCGGCGCCUACUACCUUCAGAACUUCCCGUCCCUUGGCCAGACGUCCUCCGGUCAGUGGGCCGCCAUGUUCGGUUUAGUCAACGUUGUUUUCAGGCCGGCCGGCGGCGUCGUGUCUGAUCUCGUCUACAAGUGGACCGACGGUAAUCUGUGGGCGAAGAAACUCUGGAUCCACUUCGUCUGUAUCAUGGCCGGUACCUUUUGCCUGAUCUUAGGACUUGUGGAUCCUCAUCAUCUUCCAACAAUGGUCGGAUUGAUCGUCGGCCUGGCCUUCUUCAUGGAUGCUGGGAACGGUGCCAACUUCGGUCUAGUUCCGCAUGUCCAUCCUCAUGCAAACGGCAUCUUGUCUGGCGCUGUCGGUGCAGCUGGAAACUUGGGCGGCAUUGUAUUUGCCAUCAUCUUCCGCUAUACCAACAUGAAUUACCAUAAAGGCAUCUGGAUCAUUGGCGUCUUCUAUAUUUCCAUGAGCCUGAUGACGAUCUGGAUCCCUCCGAUCCCCAAGGGACAGAUCGGCGGUCGCUGA